AUGACCACUUCCGUGACAACAGAAACCGUGGUGGCUAAUUUCGCGACUGUCACCUCGACUUACAGCUCUUUCCAUGAGGUGUCUAUAAUUGAGGGUACCACGACCUAUCUCAGCACUAUCGCUAUUCCCGUGACCCAGAUGCUUGUCUUGGGUACCGUCAUGGGUACUGAAUCAGCCAGUGUUUCCUCUUCCACCAUUGAUACCUCUCAAGCCGCUGAAUCCAAUGAUACCCCAUUUGAUGAAUCCCAAAAUGAGAGUGUCGGAAGUGAAGAUAGCCUCUCUGUUUACCCUAGGGGUGGGACUGAAUCCUAUCCUUCAGUGAACAUCUCCCAUGCUAUCGUGGCUUCUUCUUCUUCUUCUUCUUCUUCUUCGGCAUUCCCCCGUUCCACCAAUGAGGCUGCUCGAAGUGGCUCAUCCACUGUUAUCAACUCUUGGUCCAGCACCUCUGCUGGUCUUACCGCUGCAUAUACAGGAGCUGCGUCUAAAGUGAAUGUACUAAGCGCUGUGUCUUUGUACUUAAUCGUCUUUGCUGGACAUAUCGUUCUUUGA